CGUUUGGGAGCUGUGAUGAGAAACCAAGAAAAAAGCGGAAAAAAUGGCAGCACAACAAAGCAAGUGUCUGUACGAGAAGUAUCUGUGGAACAACAGAAAGAGGCAAGAGCUGUCUUAACGGCUUCACGUCGUGCUGACUCUGAGUUGGCAUUCCUGUCCCUGUGGGAUAUGGGUGGACAAACGCCUUUCCAGGCUUCACACAAUGUUUUCAUUUCAUUACACGGCGUGUAUCUAAUAGUCUUUAGACUGACAGAUUUUCUCAAAGAUAAGCUGGAAACAGUCCGCCUGAAAAAAUGGAUCAGAAUGAUCGGCACGUUUUCCUCAGUUGAACUGAAUGCACCUAAAACGAGAACAUGUGCUCCUCCGAUCAUUUUCGUAGGCACGUUUCUUGAUAAACUGAAGGAAAACUACGAGGACUACGACAAACAGCAACAGAACAUACGGUCAAGUAUCUCCAAAUUUCCCGAACUCUCAUCUCACCAAUUUGUCAAGUUCUGUGCAGUCGACAACAGCCUCGGCAAUGAAGCCACAGACCUAAAAAUGUUAAGAGAUUUAAUCACAGAAGUCGCUGUUCAUCAGGAUCAGUGGGAAAGACAACUCCCUACCACGUGGUUAAAACUAGAGAUGGAUUUACUUAAAGCAAGAGAAAGAGGAACAAGGAUACUCAAAAUGGAAGAGAUUAUCAAGAUGAACAAAUCAUCUACAGUGCCAUUGUCCGAUGUAAAUGAAAUCAAACUUGCCCUGGAAUAUCUUCACUGCACAAGGUCUGUGAUUUAUUUUCGGGAGUUUGACUACGUCAUCAACGACCCCCAGUGGCUUGCCGAUUUCUUCAGUAUCCUGAUUACCGAUGACAAGUUUCUCCCAAAAGACGACCUUUCAAUGAUCAGGCACCAGGAGCUGUACCAAACAAAGGGCGAGUUGACACAGGAACUGAUUAACGGUCUCUUACGUCUGGAGAAGAAUAAAGCUUUCCUUCCACAUAAAUCCAUUCUUUUGGCGCUGAUGGAAAAAUUUGGGUUGAUAGUGAAAAUGCUGAUCUCAGGACCCGAAACUGAACAUCCACAGUUCAGUGAGACGUUCACCAUUCCAAGUAAACUGGUGGAGCUUCAAGACAUCGACGUAAUAACCAGAGAAAUCACCAGCCUGAAGAGUAGAUCGCUUGGUGUUUCUAAAGCAUUAUGCUUCGUAUUCAACGAUGUUUAUGUACCUGAUGAGUUGUUUCAUAGAAUCUUUGCCCACAUCCUGAGGACGUACAAGCCGACAUCAUUGUCAACAAGAAGCCUCCAAACAACAACUGAAAUAGACCAGACGGGGUCGAGCAGUGGUAACGUUUGUCUUUAUAGAGGUUUUGGAUGUUUCGAGAUCAACGACCUCUGUAGAAUGAUCCUAUCCAUGCAGCCUGAGAGGUCCACUAUUGUCGUGACUGUAUUCAGUCCAACGGAAACGCAUCUUCCCGCAGAUUGUGGAAAAGACGUCAGGCUCUCAAUCGAAGGGAUUAUUCGUGACGCAUUGGAAAUGAGUGACCAGCAGCACUUUCAACAUACACACAAACUACACUGUAGUUUUUCCCUGAAUCCAUACGACACCCCUGUAGACCUGUACGGCAUCAACCGCUCAGAGAAGGGUGUGCCUUGUAAAGGGGGAGAUUGUCACGGACAACACCUACUGGUAAAAACGGACACCGCGUUUUGGCACAUUACAGAGAUUAAAACUUAUUGUUGUAAUAUUUCAGAAGAGGACACAAAUGCUGAUACGACGUUUCCUCACGUGAGGCCAACGCCGCGGCAACUUAGUCGACUCUCCCGUCUGGUAACCGGGCCUACAAUUGACCUGUUUAUUAGGCUUGGUAUUUCUUAUGAGGAAAUCCAAACCACUCAACGUUCCUUAAUAGGAUAUGCGCCAGAAUCAGUGACUACCAAGUUGUUUCUAAAAUGGACGGUGACCUACCCGAAUCAGACGUUCCAAAACAUUAAACGGGCUAUGGAGGAUGCUGGCAUAGCCACUGAUCGAAUUGAUGAAAUGAUAAAUACAGAGGAGGAACUCCAAUGUGAAGGAGUAAUACCAACAGAGAUCUUGGGCAGAGCUCCAUCUGAUUCUGAAAUCCAACUCAUCAUCAAAAACAUCGGCGAAGCUUUCUUCACCUUCUGCUUAGAGAUCGGAUUAUCACCUCCAGACAUAGAGCAGCAAAUAAUUUGCCAUCCUGAUAACUUUGGGGAAAGGAUGACAGCUCUCCUUCGGCGUUGGAAAAAUGGCUUCCCGAAGGAGGCAACAAUAGGCAGAUUGUUGAAAGCGAUGAAAAUGUGUCGUAUGGACUGGUAUACAACGACACAAAUCUGGUCAACUUGUUCGGGGGAUGAGGCUACUGGACCAAGAAGAAGAAAACUGUUCAAUUAA